GUCAAAACAACCGUUGGCUGCGGUUAACCGGAGCUUUCCGCCGCUUCUCGGAAAUCCGUUUGAUGUAUCGCUCCGUUAUUCCUCCAACGGUUGACAGCGGCGGUUACUAGCUAGCUUAUAACGCGUUAGCUUAGCUCGCAGUCACUCAGAAAGGAGGACGGAGAAUAUAACCCGGGCGGUUUAUGACGAGCAGGUGCACGGGGACACCACAGCACCUGCCGCUACAGGCUGAGUCACUGCUGGUGAGGAGGAAGGUCUGGAGAGGGAACGAGAGAGGAGGAGGAGGAGGUGGAGGAGGAGGAGGGGGAGACGAAGAAGAAGAAGGGAGGGAGGCAGGAAGAUAAGCCACAACAGGAAGCAAAACGACACACGCGUACACACACACACGCCGUGUUUGUGUGUGUGCGUCUGAGAGGGAGACUGCGCGAACGAGAGGGUGAACGGGAAAGGAAGGGAGGGAGAGUGACGCGGAGGCUGGGAGAGCCGGCCCCCCCCCUCCUCCUCUCCUCCUCUCCCUCUCUUUCUCUCCUCUCCUCCUCUCCUCCCCUCCUCCCUCUCUCUCUCUCUCUGUGGAGCAGGCGUGUAGCGGCAUCAGACUCGGCGUGAAGGAACCAUGAGCGAUGUCACCAUCGUUAGAGAGGGAUGGCUCCAGAAACGGGGUGAAUACAUAAAGAACUGGCGGCCGCGUUACUUCCUGUUGAAGACAGACGGCUCCUUCAUCGGCUACAAAGAGAAACCUCAGGAUGCAGACCUGCCCUACCCACUAAAUAACUUCUCUGUAGCAAAAUGUCAGCUGAUGAAGACGGAGAGGCCAAAGCCAAACACCUUCAUCAUACGUUGCCUCCAGUGGACCACCGUCAUCGAGAGGACCUUCCAUGUGGACUCGCCUGAUGAGAGAGAUGAGUGGACAGAGGCCAUCCAGAUGGUGGCUGACAAGCUGCAGAGACAAGAAGAGGAAAGGAUCCAGUGCAGCCCCACCUCCAACAUCGACAACAUGGUCGAAGAGGAGAUGGACAUCUCCACCACACACCACAAACGCAAGACAAUGAGCGACUUCGACUACCUGAAGCUGCUGGGAAAGGGAACCUUCGGUAAAGUGAUCCUUGUCCGAGAAAAGGCCAGUGGGAAAUAUUACGCCAUGAAAAUCCUUAAAAAAGAAGUCAUCAUAGCCAAGGAUGAAGUGGCUCACACGCUCACAGAGAGCAGAGUACUGAAAAACACCAGACACCCCUUCCUCACUUCAUUGAAGUACUCAUUCCAGACUAAAGACCGCCUCUGUUUCGUCAUGGAGUAUGUGAAUGGAGGGGAGCUGUUUUUCCAUUUGUCCAGAGAGCGGGUGUUCUCAGAGGAGCGCACGCGCUUCUACGGCGCCGAGAUCGUCUCGGCUCUCGACUACCUGCAUUCAGCCAAGAUUGUGUACCGGGACCUGAAGUUGGAAAACCUGAUGCUGGAUAAAGACGGCCAUAUCAAGAUCACUGAUUUCGGCCUCUGCAAGGAGGGCAUCACAGACGCUGCUACCAUGAAAACCUUCUGUGGCACGCCCGAGUACCUCGCACCUGAGGUGCUGGAGGACAACGACUACGGUCGGGCGGUGGACUGGUGGGGUUUGGGCGUGGUGACGUACGAGAUGAUGUGCGGCCGGCUGCCCUUCUACAACCAGGAUCACGAGAAGCUGUUCGAGCUCAUCCUCAUGGAGGACAUCAAGUUCCCGCGCACCCUGUCGUCGGACGCCAAGUCGCUGCUGUCAGGCCUGCUCAUCAAAGACCCCAACAAACGGCUCGGUGGAGGACCAGAUGACGCUAAAGAAAUAAUGAGACACAGUUUCUUCUCCGGCGUCGACUGGCAGGAUGUCUAUGAUAAAAAGAUGGUCCCUCCCUUCAAGCCUCAGGUGACGUCGGAGACGGACACCAGAUACUUUGACGAGGAGUUCACAGCCCAGACCAUCACAAUCACUCCACCAGAGAAAUUUGACGAGGACGGGAUGGACUGUCUGGACAACGAGAGGAGACCGCACUUCCCACAGUUCUCCUACUCUGCCAGUGGGCGGGAAUGAACUGUCCAUCACGGUGACAUCAUCACAGCUGGUCUCUGAGGUCAUCAUUGUGGGACAAAAAGACCCACAGCUUUGGACCGAACCAGAAAGACUUGAAGGAUUUUGCCCUUCUCUUCCUCCUCCUCCUCCUCUCUUUUUCACCUCUCCAAAAGAAGCAGUCUUUUUUUUUGUGAAUCCCUUUUCAGAGAGAACUCACAGGCAAAAAUUACUUUGUAAUCCUGCACUGCAACCCUGAGCUGUGAUGUGAUCAGUUACUAUGUAAUGUCCCUUUAAUGACAGGAGCAUCACCGGUGGCCUGCUGUGCUUUGACAUGUGUCGGUCCUGCCAAACUCUGAAACGUGUCUGAUCAAGUUAGACCGCUGAUGCAUUUUUAAGGAGACGUUUUUGUGGCUUCUUAUCUGUAACACGGAGAUAUAGCAUUUUAAGUCAUUCAAACCUAAACUGCCGUUACCGGUUGUAUCUCAGGCUUUUGCAAACAGACAGAUCCUCUCACGCUCAGAGAGACACUCGGGUCUGGUUUCAAAUCCUCACCUAAAUAAUUCUGGGAUUGAUUGAGACUGCCUGGCAGUGAGGGAGCAGUUGUCAUCGUGUGAGCAGAGUCUUACACAGCUCAUGUUGUCGAGCAGGAUUUGACUCAGGUUUUGCUCGGUGCAAUUCAUUAUUGUUGUUGCUGCUAUAUCAACUCCUACCACAACUACUACAGGUACUGCUACUCUUACAACAACUCCUAUACUGCUACUAAAACCCGGUGCUACACUUCGAGCUUAAUGCUGCAGAUCAUUACACAGGCGCCAGCAACACAUCACCUGUAUUAACGUCUAUGCUUGUACAGCUGCAGAACAGGUGUUGCUCCUAACGUACUGCUAUUACACAUCAACUCUGUAGAUUCAGACGAUGAUAGGAUGUCAUGUGUGUGUGUGAGUGUGUGAGUGUGAGUGUGAGGUAUUGGUUUGUGUUAAAGAACGCACCUCAAAGCACAGCAGUUCAGAAGGAUGAAGCUCCAAAACCAUGAGCUUUACCAUGUUACCCACAAUGCAGUGUAAGGUGGUUUAUACAUCCAUCACCGAGGAGGUGAAAAUGAGAGGAAAUGGUUGGUUUGAAUGCCCCCCCCCUCCCCCCGACGUUUUUUAAAUUUAUUUCUCAACUAAAAGUCCCUGAGUUUAAAUCUCUUCUGUCCCAAAAGGGAAAACAAAAGCGAAACGGUACUUUUGUGUUGAUAAUGAAGCUUUACUGUGACAUGCUUGUGUCACAGCGUUGGGAACCACACGGCUGUACCUCUCUGUCUCUGUGCAGGAAAGGGAAUCUGCAGCAGGUUCACCACAGAGUGCAAAGAGAAGUCCAGGAUGGCAGGUUGGGCAUUGUUGAUAAGAAGAGAGAGUAAGUACAGGUGAAAAAGCUCCAAGAAUGAUUAAAUAUUUAUAAUGUGAUAAUUUAUUUGUAACGAUGAGUGAGGUGACAGCUGAUUUCCUGUUACUGUCAGAUUUUCUUUCUUUCUUUUUUUUUUUUUUUUUAAAGACAUUAUGGUCUAUGAGGAGGUACGCAUCGACAGUUAUGGUUUACACCAAUCACAGCGAUGGCUAUAAUAUAUAUAUGUUCUAUUUAUUGUUCUACUCAUCGGUUUUAUAUUUAACUUUUUCUAUUGUUAUUACAUUAUUCUUGAAAAAAAAAUAUUUCUUAGGGCUGAGAGAAAAAAAAAUGGCACCUCAAGAAACAACAAUGGCUGAAGAAUGUAGGAGGGAAAGCAGAUAGCCUUCCUGCUCCAUUGUUUAUUUUAAUGUCUUUGUGUUGUUUUGUGACCAAAAUGUGACAGCGGAGAGGUGACGGGACGCAUCAAGGACAGAUGACAGUUUAUUCUGAGGUUGAAUGAAAAAAACAGAAAGAUAUUCAUUUUAAUUUAUUUCAUCACCUUUUCUUUUUUAAGUUGAUCCAAAUCAUCCCUCAGGUAGAGUUGGGUCGGUCCGGGCUGGUGUACGAGCUUAAACCUGUUAUGCAAACUGGCUGAACUGGUAUUUGUCGUUAUGACAGGCGCUGGUAAAUUAAAAAGGAGCCUACAUCAGUGGCAUGUGCUGACGGCGACACAGCGCUGAAUCCAACUUGUACUGCAUUAGUAGUCAGCAACAUAACAACAUGAUUAAUAUAUUUGCUUGGAAACAAACGGCAACAUGAAGGAGGCCACAUUUCAGUAGAGGUGGGAGGGGUGAGAACGGUUUUACGUUGUUUGUUUAUUAGAAAGCUUGUGUUUUUUGUGUGGUGAGACAAGAUGGCAGAGUUAGUCUCUGAAGAAAACUAAACCUGCACCAGUAUGGCAUCAUUUUGGAUCUGAAACUGGCGCAAAAUCUGGACCCUGUGGCUGGACCAGUUGGGAACCACUGGGCUUUGCUGUGUCAUUUCCAGUAAAUAUCACAAUAUAAAACAUGUUUUCUCUUAAAAAAUACAAACUCUCUCCCAUCUUUUAAGUGGUUAUAUCUCCAGGAGUGAAUUAACAGAUUUAGUGUGAACAGAGUGCCCGAUGUUAAGCGAUGCUCGGCAAUAGACGGAUGUUUGUUUGCUGUUAGGACACAGUGUCGUUGUGUUUCAUUCGGGAGCAGCUGCUGACUCCUAGUGUUAAAAUCCAGUACACCAGUCUGGCUUAACUUCAAACCAGUUUAAAAUUUUAAUAUCUGCCCAACCCUACCCACAGGUGUUGCUAUAAAGCAGGGCUAUUCAAUUACAAAUUUAACUGUGCCUGAUUUUUAAACCAGAAAAUAUCGGGGGGGGGCACAAUUUCAGCAGCGAGCACACACCUCACCUCCUGAUGUUUCCCUUACAGGUCAGAUACACAGAAAAUAGUUUCAUACAGUCUAUAGCAGCAACAGUCAAAGUCACUAUAUAAACUCAAUAAUAUCUGACUGGAAACAAAUCUAACACGUCAAUAAAAUAAAUAUUCCUCCUGGCAUCACAAUACUGAGUGAAAAAAGUCACGUUAUCUAAACAUGAAGACAACAAACAUCAGUAUCAGUCAUUCAUCCUGCUGUCUGUCCCCCCUCUACUGAGGAGACUCACUGUCUGCAGGUCGGCUGCCUCAGGUGCAUGAUUGAAACAGUCCAGCCAAAACCAAGCAUAGAAGCAAACUCUCAUUUAAAGACAUACCAUACUAUGACUACAACAUGGACUUCCUUUGUUUAUUUUCUUAAUGCUUUGUCUAAAGGAGCAAGAGAAAAUCAUCAAGGAGGCACAUUCAGGUGUCUCCAGUUUGUUAGCUCAGGGAGAUAGAGGUCCAGUUUGAAGGUCAGAGGAUCAGGGUUCAAUUCUCAGGUGAACAGUCAGUCUGUUUACAAGCUGAUGUCUGAAGGAGAAAGUUAUAAUGUCUAAGAAACACAGACAAAGUGUCUCUGGCCUGGUAGCUCAGGC